UUAACAAAUCGCUCCAUAUUCAAAGUUAGCGGUGAAAGAGCUGCAGAACUAUGCCAGACCCGUGUUUUAGUUCAAAUCUUGCGCCCUCGGCUGGCUGAGGUUGAUCUGAGGGCUCUGGCUCAUUCCCAGACCCUAGCACAGGAAACUCGCGAUUUAUCCCACACGACGUAGUGGCUUGCAGCCCGUGUUUUAAUCUUCGUUUGUAUUCUCGGUUUUUCGCAUCUUCUCAUGUGCGAGUGACAACUUCCAUCAACAUGACAAGCAAGAUCCCUCAGCCUCCUGGUGUACCAUUGCUAGGGAACAUCUUUGACGUCGACCCAAGCAACACGUGGGGCUCUCUGAACAAAUUGGCUGCCAAAUGGGGUCCUAUAUUCAAAAUCAAUGCUCUCGGCACACAAAUCGUCUUCAUUUGCAAUGCGGCGCUCUUAGAAGAAAUAUGUGACGAGACUCGCUUCCGAAAAUGUGUCAAUGGCCCUAUUGUCGAAAUUCGCCAGGCCGUCCAUGCAUCUCUAUUUACAGCCUAUGAAUCCGAAAGCGAAAAGAUUUGGGGGCCUGCCCAUCGCAUCAUGACCCCCUGGGUAUCGGACGAGUCGAACAAAAUCACCUUCAACGAUCAGCGCGACAGCAUCGCGGCCAUUGUUCCUUUCUGGACAUCCAAACCGAGACAAAAGGUGAAUGUAGCAGAUGGUCUCAAGCGACUCAACCUGCAAGUGGCUGUUUGGACCUUCUUCCACCAAAAGGGUGACUGGAUGUCAGGGCCUUUCCCCGCCUUUCUCACUUCCAUUGACAAAUCCACCAUGGAAGCUGUGAAGCGCCCGACACGCCCGAAAUUACUGAACUGGCUGAUUCACCAGCGUGGCUAUGACAAGGAUAUCAAAAUCAUGCGAUCGUUCUGUGCCGAUGUCAUCGCAAAGCGUAAGCAGGAACAGGGAACGUUUGAUGACAUGCUCAAUGUGAUGUUGAACGGCAAAGACCCCGAGACCGGUGCCUCUCUUGACCAUGAACAAAUCAUUGAUGAAAUCAUCAACAUCUUUAUCGGAUCUGCAACAUCACCUUGUCUUGUCAGUUUCGCGCUGUACUACUUGCUCAAGAACCCCCAGUACAUCACCAGAGCCCGCGAGGAAAUAGACUCUAUUUUAGGUGCUGACAGAGAGCUCACCUACGAGAACCUCCAACAAUUCCAGUUUUGCAACGCGAUACUUCGCGAGUCCAUGCGUUUAUCUGCUGUCGCACCCGGUUUCAAUAUCGAACCGCGCCCGGACGUGAACACGGGACCAUAUGUUUCGCUAGCCGGUGGCCAAUAUCAACUGCCCAGCAACCAAGCUCUCAUUGCUGUUCUCGGUGCUGUGAAUCGUGACCCCGCCGUCUUCGAUGACCCAGAGGCUUUCCGCCCAGAGCGCAUGUUUGGUGAAGCAUACGAUAGACUGCCUUCAGGAGUAAAGAAGGGCUUUGGAAAUGGGAAGAGACGGUGCUUUGGAACCAAGUAUGCUUGGCAAUGGAGCUGGCUUACCUUGAUUACUGUAUUGAGGGAGGUUGACCUCGAAUUGGCAGACAUGAAUUAUACAAUCGAUGGCGAUGUUAAUGGAGCUUUCUGUGUGCAGCCAUGGCAUUUUGUGGCCAAGGUUGAGAAGCGAAAGGACCGUCCUUGAUUCUGAAUUGUUGAUGUUGAACGCAUAGUACCACAAAUUGCAUUAUAUAAUGUCCUAUCAAUUAUGGUCAUGAUAGUGAUGAAUGAUUAAUAUAAUUGAAUGUUCUACAAUCUACUAUAGCAGAUUAUCCUGCUAGCUUUGAACUGGCUCAUUGAUGGAUUGCCAAUCUGAGCUCCUUUUAUCUAAAGCUGUUAUCUCUUUGGGCAAUACAAUCCAUCCCAUGUCCAUGA